AUGGUGAAACUGAGGACUGACAUUCAAAAUGAUUUGGAUGAACUCACGCAGAAAAAAGAAGACUUUGACAAGCACAUCAAUACGACAAUGAGUGAGUUGCAGGACCAUGCUAAAUCGCAACACCCAACUGUCUUAUUCCGAGCGAGGAACGUGGCUGAUUACACUCUGUCCACCACAGACCAGACAAUCAUCUUCAACGAGGUGCUUUACAAUGAUGGCGGUGGCUACAACUCGGCCACCGGGACAUUUACAGCACCAGUCAAGGGGACGUACCUUUUCACUAUCAACCUGUGUCCAGCUAGAAAUAAAAGUAUAUUUUACGCAAUUAUGGUCAAGGAAGAAGUUGUAGCUAACGGACAUACACACGUCGUUUCAGGAUUUCUCUGUGUUUCUGAUGACGCUAUCGUACAGCUUGACGUCAAUGACGUUGUCUACGUCAAUUCGAUUGAUGAACCUCGUUUUAAAACAAGAUUUGAGUACGAUGAGCAACUUUUGGAGAAAAUGAUUCGCAUGGAAUUCGAACAUGAACUCUGGGAAAAACGCAUUAACGAAACAAUUGGGAACAUGGUGAAACUAAGGACUGACAUUCAAAAUGAUUUGAAUGAACUUACGCGGAACAAAGAAGACUUUGACAAGCACAUCAAUGCGACAAUUAGUGAGUUGCAGGACCAUGCUAAAUCGCAACACCCAACUGUCUUAUUCCGAGCGAGGAACGUGGUUGAUUACUCUCUGUCCACCACAGACCAAACAAUCAUCUUCAACGAGGUGCUCUACAAUGUUGGUGGGGGCUACAACUCGCCAACCGGGACAUUUACAGCACCAGUCAAGGGGUCGUACCUUUUUACUGUCAACCUGUGUCCAGCUAAAAAUAAAAGUAUAUUUUACGCAAUUAUGGUCAAGGAAGAUGUUGUAGUUAACGGACAUACAUACAAUGUUUCUGGGUGGCUAUGUGUUUCCGGUGAAGCUAUCGUCCAGCUUGACGCCAAUGACGUCGUCUACGUCAAAUCCAUGUACACUUCCGACGUACUUUUGGAAAGUGGAUUGUUGAAUUCGUUUGAUCCUAAAGCUAAUUCAUUUUCCGGUGUUUUUCUUUACUAAAAGAAAUGUUGUGAGAAAAUCUCAAAGAACGCUUGUUGUUGUUUUUUUUAAAUAUAUUUGAAAUGCAACUUCGAACACAGCUGAACGGUUGAAAUAUUCGUGAUAAGAUGCACCUUG